CUCGUGCCCUCCCUCCCUCUCCCCUUCCGACCGCACCUCCUCACGCGCUCGCUCGCCUUCGCUUCGUCGCCACGGCGAGCCCCACCACGCCGCCCGAGCCGCCGAUCGGGGCGCCGCCAGCGCUGCCAGCGGCGGCGGCGGCGCCCGAUCCGAUGGACGCGGAGGUGGGGGCGCCGAAUCUCCCGCUGCCGGAGGAGCCAGCCGGAUCGGAGCCCGACGACGCGCGCCUCUCCCCGCCUCGUCCUGCUCCUGCUCCGCCUCCGCCCCCGCCACCUCCCGCCCCCGCCCCCGCGCCCGCGCCGGUCCAGGCCCUGACCCCCGCCGCCGAGGCUGCCGCGCCCACCGCCUCGGCGGCCGUCUCGCCGCCGGCUCCAGCUCCAGCGCCGGCGCCGGCGGAGGCCAACGGCACCUCCGACAGGAAGAGGAGGAGGAAGGCGGAGGACGGGGACGGGUGCAAGACCUGCAGCUGCAAGAAGUCCAGGUGCAUGAAGCUUUAUUGUGUAUGCUUUGCUUCUGGGUCACGUUGUACUGAGUCAUGUGGAUGCGAACCUUGUGAAAACAAGCAACCACUGCAAGUUGCUCCACGGACUGCACUGAUUUUACCUCUGAAACCUGUCCAAACAUCAGAAGCUGGUCAAGACAUAGUGGAACAAGUCAUAAGGUCCCCUAUGGAUCUUAUUAGAAGAAAAUGCACCUGCAAGAAGUCAGGCUGCCUUAAGAAGUACUGUGACUGCUACCAGGGAGGGGCAGGAUGCUCCAUCAACUGUAAAUGCGAUGAUUGUAGAAACCCAUUUGGGAGAAAAGUUGGUGUUAUUUUGGAUGGUAAAAGCAGUGUUGCUGCACCUAUACUGCAAGAAAGAAAUGGGACUGAAGUUGACUCAAGCGACGACGAAGAUGACUUCUACAUGAACCGACAACUCUCCCCAAUACCUCCGUCUCCAGUGUCCAGGGAGUCUUCAUUCCAACAGGAGACUCUAGUCGGCGUGGAAGUCCAGACCAUGAAUGGGCACCUGUACCCUAAACCACUGGCUCAGGUGCGUCCCGAGCCACCCUCCUGGCAGCUCUCCAGGAGGCCAGUUGAGGAACCGCGUGGAGAAAUAUGGCGCUUCUCCAGGAGGCCCAGCGAGGAUGGGACCUCUGAUGCUAUGGAAGCGCAUGCCAUUGCCCCGAGAGAGAGCAAGAAGCCAGAGAUCCAUGGGGACAACAGGUUCAGCAUCCCGCGGUGCAUCGAGGUGAUGAGCGCCAUGGCGGAGCUGUCGCCGGUCGAGAAGUCGCUGGCGCCCGACGUCUUCUUGGACGCGAGCAACCGGGAGAUUUUCCUCUCGCUGAGUGUAGAUAUUAGGCCAAUGUGGCUGAGGCGUAAGAUGAAGAGCCUUGUCUAGCUAGCCUAGCUAGGGAUAGCGUGAGAAAUUUUCGUCGGCGUAUACUUAAUAAACCUGUGCUGUACUGUAGAUAUAUGCCUUAGCUUGGCAAUGAGUUCUGGACCAUUGUAUGUACCUAGUGCUAAUUUAUGGUGCAUGUUAUGUUAAAGUCCUGCCUAUGAUUAGCAGCAAUAAGUUCAUUAUGAAUUUCAGCUAGAAGAAUAACAGUAAAUCAUCUCUUCCCCUUGAGUAAUUAAGUUGAUGAACCUGUUCUGAAA